AUGGAAAAUUCGCAUUCGCGGCGAACUGAAUUAUUCUUUACUAUUUCGAUAGAAGGAAAGUUAAGUAAUAGUAGUACAUAUACAAGUAAAGAUUCAACCAAAAGGUUAAUAAAACAGUUAGCUGGUUUAGUUAAAGUAGUUCAAGAUAACAAAGAAAUUGACAGUAAACAAUCAAAAAAUUUCAAAAAAGAGAAAUGUUUACCUUUCAUUAGAGGGCAAAUUAAAACUCGCAAAACGGAUAAACCUAUGAGACUUAUAGUUUUAAUGCGUAAUACAAUUGGCUCAACAAUGACCAAACAUUUAACACAAGUUUUACAAAAAUUAGGAGACAAAGUGAGAUCGUUAAAAACUACAAAACAUUUAAUAGAAGAUAUUUAUAAAGUUAAAAUAGUCGGUCCAAAAAUGAGUUUAGCUAGCUUAGACGUAGUUGAUUCAUUUACAUCGAUAGAUCGAGAUGAUGCGAUAAGAAUUUUAUCGGAAAAAUUAAAACAAGAUAACAGUUAG